AGACGGACCUUAGUCGGCAAAGUAAUGUCUCUGCUAGAUGCUUAGAGCUUUAAAAUUCUAAACCGUCCCUGACCGGAACUGUGACCUUUUGGGUGAGUAGUGAUUGGGCGAAGUCUGUACAACCUGCCUGCCAGGGAGGAGUGCCAGCCCUUUGCCCUUUGCUAAGACUGGCAAACCGCUGAAAAGGAAAAGCGCAGGCUGUAUCCUGCCUUCCUUCUGACACGAAAAGUCCCACAGGUCACGGGCCUUUUUCAAUGCCACGGGACCACCUUCUCAAUCUGGUGCUAACCUGUGGAGAUGCUCCACCUGUUAGGGAGCUGAUCCCUGACGUGAGAGAGCAUUGCGGGGCUUAGCCUAGGGCAAAAGCUGGAAACAAUGAGACAACCUUUAUGUUUAGGUUCUUAACCACGUAGCUCGAGGACGUGAACACUGCUCUUACACGUUUAGAGUGAAUAAUUAGCUGUGAACUGCCCACUGAACGUCACACAACAGCGUUGCGCUAGCGCGCACGCGCAGCAGAGAGCGCCGCCACGCAGGCGCACUGCAGCCCGGAACCCCGCAAAGUCGGGCCUGGUUCCCCGCGGGCGAGCGGCGGACGGGCGCGCGCGCGCGCGCGCGCUUUUUGGGAGCGCGAAGAAGGGGGGGCGCGCCAUGGAGCAGCGGUUAGCUGAGUUCCGGGCGGCCCGGAAGCGAGCCGGGCUGGUGGCUGAACCCAGCACUUCGAGCCAGAGUACACAAACCUCGGGAGAGAAGGCAGAAGCAGCUACGACUCCAAAAGCACCCUCAGGCUGGCUAAAACGGUUUCUGGCGUGGAAACCGAGGCCACCGAGUGCCCAGGCCCAGCCCAGCUUCGCUCAGGGAGCAGCUGGGCCUGGGGGCCUCGAGUCACAGCCACCACCGAGUCCAGCCGAAGCCACACCACCGCCACGGCCCCCGCCGCCUCAGCCUCUGACCCCGCGGGACCGGUCUCUCCUCACCAGCAUCACCUUGUUGAAGGUGCUCCUCUGGUUGGUCCUGCUGGGCCUGUUUGUGGAACUGGAAUUUGGCCUGGCCUAUUUUGUCCUGUCCCUGUUCUACUGGAUGUAUGUGGGGAUGCGAGGCCCCGAGGAGAAGACGCAGGGAGAGAAAAGUGCCUACUCCGUGUUCAACCCGGGCUGCGAGGCAAUCCAGGGAAGCCUGACCGCCGAGCAGCUGGAGCGCGAGCUGCACCUGAGGCCUCUGCCGCGGAGAUAGGACCAGACCAGUGGUGGGCCCCCCAGAGCCCUCGCACCCCCUGGCUUUGACUGAGAACAGCUUGCGGGUCAGGUCUGUGACCCCACAAUUCCACACUUCACCUGACCUCCUGCUACAGUUUUAUCUCAGAACUUCUUUUUCAUUUUGGUGAAACUCCUGGAAAGACACUCACUGUGGGUCUGAUGCAAUUUAUAAAAAUUACACACUCAAGACAGGAGACCUGUUUGUCUCUUUAUUUGAGAGAAGUGAUUCUUAGAACACUAGGAGGGCUUUGGGGAGAUAACUGUUGAAAAUAUUGAGCUGUUUGAAGUAAUAGUUUGGUACAUCAGAGCUAUGUGUUAAAAGUAAA